CCAAUUUAUUCAAACGUUUCAAAGGACCAAUGCGCCAAACGUCAAACAGAGAAACAAUAAAUAAAUAUGUCAAUGUCAACCUUGAAUAAGUUUAAAGAACAGUGGAUUUUCUACAUUUUUAAAUUUAAAAAUUUAAUUACUUUUACUAAAUAACAUGUUUUCCGUCGGUUAAUGUGCGUUUUAUUGAACCUAGGCAAAUAAUAGGAAUAGUAACUAGGAGAAAUUAAGCUUGCAUUGUUGGAUUAUUGUGAAAAUAUAACCUAUUAAAAUGGAAUAUUUAAGGCUCUAUAUGGUGACAUACAAUGUAGGUACAAAUGAUCCAGAACAAAGACUUAUGGAUUUCUUAUCGUUAUCAAAUCAGAAAAACGAGAAGUUACCUGAUUUUUAUGUUGUUUCUUUACAAGAAGUCAAAGCCCAGCCUCAAACUAUGCUUCUCGAUGCUUUGUUUAGUGAUUCUUGGACAGCAGCAUUGACUGAAAUUUUACAGAAUAAAGGAUAUGUUAAACUAAAAUCCAUUAGAUUGCAAGGUUUGUUGCUUUUGGUGUUUUCUUUGAGAAGACAUUUGCUAAACAUUAGAGAAAUAGAAUCAGAGUAUACUAGAACCGGAUUUGCUGGUAUAUGGGGAAAUAAAGGUGCUGUUAGUGUUAGACUUAGUAUAUACGGCUGCUCAUUGUGUUUUGUAAAUGCUCACUUAUGUGCGCAUGAUAACCAAUUAAAAGAAAGAAUUAAUGACUACAAUAGCAUCAUAAAAGAUCAAGAUUUUCAUGUUCCCGAGACCAGGAAAAUAUUUUUCCAUGACUAUGUUUUUUGGAUGGGUGAUCUCAAUUUUCGAUUGGUUGAAGACUAUGAUAGAACUCCUGAGGAAAUAACAAGAAGUAUCUUGAAGAAAGACCUUAAAAAGUUGUUUGAGAAUGAUCAGUUGCGAUAUGUGAUGAGAAAAGGUGAUGCUUUUAGUGAAUUUACAGAGAAAGAUCCUGAAUUUCCUCCGACUUAUAAGUUUGAUGUUGGGACGAAUGAUUAUGAUUGCAAGAGGAGGCCUGCAUGGUGCGACAGAAUAUUGUAUUGUGUAAAUCCAGAUAACUAUGAAAAUGUGACACUAAAAGUUGAACAGUUGUCCUAUAAAUAUCACCCUUACUACACACUUAGUGAUCACAAGCCUGUCAGUGCAGAAUUCUUGGUAAAGAUACCUCCACGGGUUACUAAAAGAGCCAGAAGAUAUGUUGAAACGGACCGAAUCCAAACUGACGCUUAUGUCUCUGACCAGGUGUUUUCAGAUUAUUCUGAGCACGUGGUUCAGUUCGACAAGAUACCCAGGUGGGAGGAGGGGCAGGACAACAAGGCUUACUAUAAAGUUACCAAGGACAUACCAGCCACCAAGGACGACUGGAUUGGCUUGUUUAAAGAAAACUUCGCAUCUCUGGAUGACUACAUCACUUACGAAUAUGUAAGCAAGUGCGUGUCACCCUCUGACGAAUCUGGAGCAUCCAGACCUCAAAAAUACGAAGUUACCAUUCCAGAUAUAUCAAGUAGAUGCAGGGGAAAUUAUUGCUUAGUCUACUUCAGUCAAACUGAAGAUAAGGUUAUGAGCGUACUAGGAAUCAGCGAUCCUUUUCCCAUAGUUAAAAAUCAAGGGGAUUGACUAAAGUCAGCUGUGUAUCUACGUCCUUAAAUGAACAACUAUAUCUAUAACGCACUAUAUAUAGUAUCUUUAUAUUUAUUGCACUAAAACCACUUUUUUGGUUUUUUUUUAUAUAGAUUCUUAUAUAUUUUCAAUGAAUUAUCUAAGGGAGGUCGGGUACUCAUUAUGGAAGAUAGAGGUAAGGAGUAUCAUGUCUUAUGGGAAUCUUUAUUUGAAAAAGUGGUCACCUAAAAGGAGAAAAUAAGGAUUCACUACAUAACCACAGUGGCUCUAAUAAUCCGGGAUUGAACAACUGAAAAUAGCGGUUAUAAAUAAUGUGAAGUUAGUCAAAAAAGAAUGGCAACACGCGCCUUAAGAAAUCGCACAUUUAUCUAUCUCCUUUUAAUUACUUCCUGUUCUAAAAAUGUUUUGCGCUUCUUUCAAAUGUAGAACUUUUGCUACAGCAACGCCAUCUUAAUUGCUAUCUCUUUGAUAAUCACUUUUCAAUACGCGAAGAUAAUUCUCCUUACCUUUACCCUCCAUAGUACUGAUGUUUUAAAUUUUAAAUAUCUGGUAUAUUUAUUUUUUAAAUUACAUACAUACUACACAAAACUGUCCAAAAUGAUUGAAAUAGUUGGCUAUUCUGAUUUUGCCCGUUUGGUUGGCAAUUAAUUUAAGAUAUUCGAAUUUUUAUCAGAUAUUGCCACUAGUGUCAAAAAAAGUAAAUAAUAUGAGAGUCAUUUUUUACUAUUUAACUAGUUUUCCAUAAUAAAUGAGACUAUAAUCAAAAUGGGAUGAUAAAUAACUGAGUUUAAGGUUUUCUAAUUACUUUUUGAAUUUGAACAAUAAAAAAUAGGUUAGGUUGGUAUACCUGCUCAUAAGAAAUUUUGAGAAUAAAAGGCAUAUUAAGGUUUCAUAAACCGGAUUUAUUCCAAAAAGAUGUUUGUUAGAGCGUAUCCAAUAUACAAUACGGGAUAUUUGGAAAUAGUAUUAUAAAGUUCUACAUAGUUUUUAUCUUUAAAAGGCAAAAUAUUCGGGGUUGCCAACUCUCGAAAUUGGAUACCCGCUAGAUUCGCAUAUAAAAACCGCUAGAAUCCGCUAGAAACGAUAAAACUGAAACUUUGGCGUAUCACGUCACGUCACAUCACGUCAUCAGACGGAUUUAAUGUGACUUCGAAGAUUCAUGAAGGUGAAUUAGGGUUUUGUUUUGCUGUUGUAAUAUCCCAGUUCCAUAAUCUUAUCCCAGUUCUCAUAAUCGUAAUCAUGUUAUUUACUUUUUGGUUUGUUUAGGUUAGGUUAGGUUAGCUUGUGAUAACAGCUGAUAAAUAUUCGAAUUUUUCUUAAAAUUGUUUUACUUAAAAACACACUUUCAAAUACUAAUUUCGAAGCAAACAAUAUUAUCAGAUACGAUUUGAAAAUGUCUCUCUAAAAGGAAUAGAUUAGAAAAUGGUUAGAACGCGGUAAAUCCACGAAUCGCUGAAACCCGUUAAAUCUUAAAAGAUACUAUUCAAUAUGAUUCCUAAAUAUUUCGAAUAUACUUUUUACUGAACACAUCCGUGUACAGCUUUUCUUAUUUCUUUUGCCUUCAUUGAAUUUCUCUCGGUGUAGCUAUAAACACGGCACAUAAAGCAAUCGGCACGACAACUCUGCUCAGAUUCCAUUGUUUAAAAUUUCUAUAAAAUUUGACCUUGACGGCGCCAUUAUCGUUUCCAAGUCAGGGCCGAAUUAAAACGUAUCAAAAAGUUUCUCAGAAAAUAAACUAUUGAUAGACAGGGUCGUAUUAAAAAAAUACUGUAAUUGGCUGAAACUGAAUUUUAUUUACACAAUACUUUUGUCCAAACAAA